UGUCCAUCAAAGUCCGUCGCCUCGGGCCGCGAAACCCGGACUACAGUCCACUCUCUUAAUUCCAAUUUCAUUUUCUAGGGUUUGUUUUGCUGACGUCAGAGCUUCAGAAUUCCCCUUCUCGGGGGGCCACCGCAAGGAUUCCGCGAUCCUCACUCUGACUCUCGGACCCGGUGGACGCUCUCUGCUCUUCUUUUGCCUUAUUCGCCGCCUUCAGAAUUCCCAUUCGCUUCCUUAUCCUCCAUCUCUCUCUCUCUCUCUCUCUCUCUCUGAUUACUAUUACGAAUGAGAAAAGUAAUUACAUUUGAAACUAAACCCUUGAUGAGAAUUUUGAUUGGGACAGAAGUGAAUGAGUGGAAUGGAGGGUGGGUGCAGGUUAAGCGCUGAAACCAAGCUUAAAGCUUUCUGCACCAUUAAAUGCCAAGCAACACCCACUCCCUUCCCCCCUUCCCCCCUUCCCUUUCUCUUUCUGGCGCUGCAGCAGCUCUGAUCCUCACCUGUUUCGCUCUGUCUCAAUCGUCCCCUCUGCCUUUAUACAUAUAUAUCCAACAGUGACUAAACCAAAGUUAAUGCCUGCUGUGGCUGUGGAUGUGGCUGUGGCUGUGGCUUUCCCACCCCCUUCUCUAUCACUCUCUUCCAUAUAUUUAACCUCUUUUCUUCCCUCUCCUUCAGCACAGCACACCCACGCCCUUCACUUCUCUCACCUUUUGGGGGCUUUUACAGAAUUGGGUUUCUUUUUCUCUGUUUGUUUCUACUGAAUUGGGCUCUGUUUGGCUGAGGAGCCUUGUACUUAUCACUACCAGUAUGCUAUGAAGAGGAAGGCUGUGGGGAACUAAUAAAUGUGGAGCCUUCAACUCAGCUGUGAGUGUACGUUUGUAAGACUAUUCAGUUAAAAUUAUCUCAUGGCCACUUCCAAUGGGGGAUUUCUUCAAACGGAUUCAUCCACUCCGCCACCGUCUCUUCCUCCUUGGCUUUCGAACUCCAGCGGCGGUUCUUCGCUCCGACCGCCUUCCCCAUCGGUUACCUUAACACUGUCGUCCCCCACAGUUCCAGCCUACUCUCCCAUCCCUUGGCUGCAACAGCCAGAGAGAAUCCCAGAAAACAUGCCUCUUGUGUUGGGCAAUUUGGCACCUCAUAUGUCAAUGGCAUCAUGUGGUGGAAGCCUGUUUGCUUCGGAGCUUGUGGAAUGCUGCCGAGAGCUGGAUGAAGGGCACCGUGCUUGGGCAGCGCACAAGAAGGAAACGGCGUGGAGGUUAAGACGACAAGAGUUGCAAUUGGAGUCGGAGAAGGCGUCCCGGAUUCGUGUAAAGAUGGAGGAGGUUGAAGGGAAAGUGAAGGCUCUUAGAGAAGAAGAGAAGGUUGGUUUGGAGAGGAUUGAAGCAGAGUAUAAGGAACAAUUGGCAGGGUUGAGAAAGGAUGCAGAGGCCAAAGAACAAAAGUUGGCUGAGCAAUGGGCUGCUAAACACUCGAGCCUCACUAAGUUUCUUGAGCAUAUGGGUUGCAGGACUUGAAUUGCUGAUUCCAGUGGGAGCUGAGUUCAAGUUUGGUGAUUGCCUCUCAAUUUCUUCAUGGAAAACCCUUCCUUUUUAGUUACUCUUUUGUAUUUUUACUUCCAUUUUGUAUCUAUUGACAUCUGAAAUUAUGCAUCAAUCUCCUCCUACAUAUGCCUUGUAUUCGCAAUAUGGUGUACAAACAUCUUAUUAGUAGACGUGUUUUUAA